UUCAGGUAACUUUGCUUUAUCGAAGUCGCUUCUGAUUGUUGAUUUUUUAUAAUACCUUCCGAAUCCGUGGUUUAAUUCAUUUUAAAUAUAAGUAAAUUUGUUACAUAUAAAUUAUUUAAGAAUGGCAGGUUUUGAUGAAGGUGGAGUUUUCUACAGUGAUAGUUUCUUAUUUAAUGACCAAGAAGAAAGUAGUGUUCCAAGAACAGACAUUCAAAAUGCUAAGAAGCGUUUUAAAGACUUCAUCAAACAAUUUCACGAAGGAGAUUAUGUCUACUGCUAUCGUGAUCAAUUGAAACAGCAUUAUAAUUUGAAACAAUAUUGGAUAGAAGUAUCUAUAGAAGAUCUUACUAGCUUUGAUGAAGUACUUGGUGAAAAGUUGAAUAAGCAACCAACAGAAUUUUUACCAGUGUUUGAAGAAGCUGUUAAAGAGGUUGCAGAUGAAAUCACUCGACCUCGUCCUGAAGGAGAUGAAGAAGUUCAAGAUGUCCAAGUGACACUGCGUUCAAAUGCUGAUCCAAUACUACUUAGAGACCUUAAAUCUGACCAUAUAUCAAAACUAGUUCUAGUGCCUGGAAUCAUAAUUGCAGCAUCUAAUGUCCAAGCAAAAGCUACAUGCAUUAGUAUCCAAUGUCGUUCAUGUAAGGAAAUUGUACCUAAAAUAAAGAUCAAACCUGGUCUUGAUGGAUACAAUUUACCAAGAAGAUGUAACAGUGAUCAAACAACAGGCCAACCCCGCUGUCCUGUUGAUCCAUACUUCAUUCUACCCGAUAAAUGCGAAUGUGUAGAUUUCCAGAUCUUGAAAAUGCAGGAAUCACCAGACUUUGUUCCACAUGGAGAAAUGCCUCGUCACAUUCAACUUUAUUGUGACAGAAACCUUUGCGAGCGAGUUGUGCCAGGAAAUAGAGUGACUGUUCUUGGAAUUUAUUCCAUUAAAAAAAUUUCACAACCUAAACGAGGGCCUAGUGAAAAAUCUAAUAUUGGAAUACGUAAUCCUUAUGUACGAGUUGUUGGAAUUUCUAUGAUGACUGAAGGUGCCGGACGCUCAACAGGUAUCACUUUCACACCUGAAGAAGAAGAAACUUUCCGAUUUUUGGCUAGUAGUCCAAACAUUUUGGACCGCAUCACUAAGAGUAUCGCUCCAUCCAUUUAUGGUUCUGUUGAUGUAAAAAAAGCAGUAGCUUGCAUGUUGUUUGGAGGCUCUAGAAAAAGAUUGCCAGAUGGCUUGAAUCGUAGAGGUGACAUAAAUAUCCUUCUUCUUGGAGAUCCUGGAACAGCCAAGAGUCAGCUUUUAAAAUUUGUGGAAAAAGUGGCUCCUAUUGGUGUCUACACUUCUGGGAAAGGCAGCAGUGCUGCUGGUUUGACUGCAUCAGUUAUGCGAGAUCCACAAUCUAGGAACUUCAUUAUGGAGGGAGGUGCUAUGGUGCUUGCUGAUGGAGGUGUUGUAUGUAUUGAUGAAUUUGAUAAAAUGAGAGAAGAUGAUAGAGUUGCUAUUCAUGAAGCCAUGGAACAACAAACCAUAUCUAUUGCAAAGGCAGGAAUUACAACUACCCUCAAUUCCCGCUGUGCUGUAUUUGCUGCUGCCAACAGUGUCUUUGGAAGAUGGGAUGAAAGUAAAGCAGAACAAAACAUUGAUUUCAUGCCAACUAUUUUGUCACGAUUUGACAUGAUUUUUAUUGUUAAAGAUGAGCAUGAUGAAAAGAAAGAUAAUACUUUAGCUAAACAUGUAAUGGCAUUACAUGUAAAUGCUUUGCAAACAACUGAAGAAGCAGAAGGUGAACUCAGUCUGAGUACUCUUAAGAAAUACAUUGCUUACUGUAGGGUUCGAUGUGGACCGAGGUUAUCCAACGAAGCAGCUGAAAAAUUAAAGAAUUAUUAUCUCUAUAUGCGAAAUACCAACAAACAAUAUCAAGGCAUGGAAAAGAAAUCUACUAUUCCUAUUACAGUGAGACAACUAGAAGCCAUCAUUCGUAUAUCUGAAGCUCUGGCCAAAAUGGAACUCCAACCUUUUGCAACAGAAAGACAUGUGGACGAGGCAAUGCGUCUCUUCCAAGUGUCCACUUUAGAUGCUGCUCAUUCUGGUGACCUAGCUGGUGCAGAAGGAUUCACCACAGAGGAAGAGCACCAAACCUUGUUGAAAAUUGAAAAGCAACUUAAAAAGCGGUUUGCUAUUGGCUCGCAAGUCUCUGAAUUUAGUAUUGUUCAAGACUUCCUGAAGCAGAAAUAUCCAGAACGAGCUAUUUACAAAGUUCUAUACUUGAUGAUCAGAAGAGGAGAAUUGCAGCAUCGAAUGCAAAGAAAGAUGCUCUACAGAAUUAAAUAAUUUUAUAUGAACUGUUUUUUCUUUCUAUUUUUAUUCUGUGUAUAAUAAAUGUUUUUAAUAUUCUUAA